AUGGCAACACUCCUUGGACAGAUUGAGCCAUUCGACAUCAGCAACCAAGACUCGUGGCCAUGCUACGUCGAACGUUUCGAGCAAUUUCUGGAAGCCAACGGCAUCACCGAAGCAGCAAAACAGAGGUCAGUGUUUCUCAGCGUGUGCGGCGCAUCGACUUACUCGCUAGUACGUUCACUGACGCUCCCGAAAAAGCCCUCGGAAUGUACCUACAGCGACAUUGCACAGCGCUUGACAGACCACUUUGCCCCCAAGCCAUCGGAGAUCCUUCGCAGGUACCAUUUUCAUAAACGGGAUCAAAAAGCUGGAGAGAAUAUCAUGGACUACAUCGCUGAAAUACGGCGUCUCAGCGAGUUUUGCAACUUCCAGGCUCUGGAUAAUAUGCUCAGAGACCGACUGGUUUGUGGCAUCCAGGAUCAAACGGUACAGAAACGACUAUUUGCCGAGCCUCAACUGACGCUCAAGUCAGCGAUGGACCUUGCAUUGGCAGCAGAAGCAGCAUCACCUAACGUUUCAGAGCUACGGGCAUCUGACGAAAACGUUCUUUAUGCGGGCGGCAAGAACACCCGCCAAGAAGCCACAUACAAGUCCAGGCAAAGUGGAAUGACUCAAAGAAAGUGCAUCAGCUGCGGGGAAAACCAUGACAGGGAGACUUGUAGGUUCCGCAAUGUCACAUGCAACUUUUGCCAGAAAAAAGGUCAUAUCGAGAGAGCAUGUUUCAAGAAGCAACAUUCACUCAGGAAGGACGACCAGCAGUCCACUUCUGAGCUACACAACGUCUUAGACAGCGCAUCCAAAACCGAAGAGGUUUACGAUAUGUUUCAUUUGCAAGCGCCAGUCCACUUCUCACGGACUGAACCUUUUCGAGUCGAGGUCAAACUCGACGGCAACCCUGUAACAAUGGAAGUCGACUCGGGUUCCAACCCAUCAAUCAUAAACGAAACUGUGUACAAGCGACUGUGGCCACACAGCCCGUCUCUCACGCCAGAGGAUGUUGUCCUUCCUACGUGGUCUCAUGACCAGCUUCGGGUGCUUGGUUCCCGAAGUGUGCAAGUCCAAUACCGCGACGAAACGGCCAAAAAGCCCCUGCUCGUCGUACAAGGUUCAGGACCUUGUCUCCUUGGCAGAUCUUGGUUUGACGACUUGGGAAUCGGAAGGCAAGGCAUUCACUCGUUUCCGGACUCUGCGACAAAGUGGCUAAACCACAAGGUUUUCCAAGAAGGACUAGGGCAGUUCACAGGACCGCCGGUGUCGGUUGACAUCACUACAGAUGCCAUUCCCAUUUUCAAGAAGUGCCGGCCUGUACCGUUCGCACUUAAAGAAAAGUGGAUGCAGCGAUUGACAAAAUGGUACAGGACGGAGUUUUGGAGCCGGUUGCAUACUCAAAAUGGGCAACACCGAUUGUGCCUGUAUGCAAACUGA